AUAAAUCAUAUCAUUUUAUUCGUAUAUAAUAAUAUCUCUUUACUUUUUUUUUUAUUUAUUUGUUAAAUUAAUUUCAAUUUAUCAAUCAAAAUAAAAUCAACUCCAACAAUCGUAAAUAGAUUUAGGUUGAAAAAAAAAAAAAGAAUAAAGAACAACUCUUGUAUAACAAUAAACAAUUAGAAAUCAAAUAUAUAUAAAUAAAAAAAGAAAUGACAGGUCAUAACGAAUUACCACCAACCUUCAAUCCAGAUGGCACCAGAAGAAUGAAUGCCACUCAAAAAGAAUUAGAAGAUAAAAAUAUUCCAUUACAUUUUAGAGAUUAUUGCGCUCACAUUUUAAUUAAAUUAAAUGAUUGCAGAGUUUCCACCUAUUAUGCACCAUGGCAAUGUAUGGAUGAAAAACAUGCUUAUGAACAAUGUCAAUAUGAUGAAUACUUAAUUAGAAAAUUAAAGAAAACUGAAUUAGAUGAAGCAACUAAAUUAAAGAAACAAGGUAAAACAGAAGUUGUUGAAUAUGACGAUAAAAAACUCUCAUAAAAUUUAAAAUAAUAAUAGUAAUAUAAAUAAUAUAAUAAAACAUAUACAAAAAAAAAAAAGAAAACUUUAAAAAAAUAU